AUGCAAACACAAACCAAACACAGAACACAAAAGGAGGUCUACAUACACCAGAAAAAACAGCAGCAGCAACAGCAGCAGCAACAGCAGCAGCAACAGCAGCAGCAACAGCAGCAGCAACAGCAGCAGCAACAGCAGCAGCAACAGCAGCAACAGCAGCAGCAGCAACAGCAGCAGCAACAGACGAAGAAGAAGAAGAAGUGCGAGAAGAAGAAAGCAAACCAUCAUAUGCAUACGAGUACGAGCUGUAUUUAA